GUUUCAAGUUUCAUACAAGGCUGAAUGCGACGGCGCCGAGCUCAGCUCAUGAGGUGGACAGCCAAAAGAGAUGCUAACCGUUGCGGGACUUCGAUCCUGUAAGUAUCUUUCCGUUCCUAAUUCGUCAUUCGAGCCUCAAAAUUGCUUAGUUUCAUCCAAUUCCUUUAGAACAUUUCGCACCUUUCCCGGAUUUCUAACGCCACUAAUCUCAAAUUCAAAAUUCUGUUCCACUUCUAAUUGGUCCGAUAACUGCAAUAAAUCUAAGAAGUUUACAUUUCGGGAAAGAAAUAGCGUAAUAUUUUGCUCUAGGAAUGAUGUUCUUCGUAAUUUAUCGGGCCACCAGGAUGGAACUGAAGACAUUUAUGAACUUAGUUUGUUAAAAAAGCCCUCUCGUGCUUCUAUAAGCAACGGUAGUUCAUCAGAAGUUCAUAAAGAGGUUGUAAAUCCUGAUGAGAAUGAGAGCUUGACGCUAUUUAUGAAGUUCUUUAAGAUUAUAGAUUCUGUAGAAAAUGAAGAAGAGGAAAAAGCAUUACAAGCAUUUGAAGAGAAAAUUGAUGGAGAGGAUGAAUCUGAUAAAGAAGCCAAUAAAUUAAAUGUUGAGUACUAUGAGCCCAAACCUGGAGAUGUCGUGGUCGGUGUAGUCGUCUCAGGUGACGAAAACAAGCUUGAUAUCGAUAUGGGGGCGGAUUUAUUAGGGACAAUGUUGACAAAAGAAGUGCUUCGUUUGUAUGACAAAGAGAUGGAAUUCUUGGAUCUCGACAAGGAUGCCGAGUCUUUUAUGGUUAAUGGGAAGAUGGGGCUGGUGAAAUAUGAUAAUGCUGUUAGUGAUGAACCGGGGCCGGGGCAACCUAUCAUAGAGACUGGCACGGUUUUGUUUGCAGAGGUUUUGGGAAGGAGACUCGGUGGUCGACCAUUGCUAACGACUAGAAGAUUGUUUCGGUGGUUAGCUUGGCAUCGAGUGAGGCAGAUAAAACGACUCAACGAGCCAAUUGAAGUUAGAAUAUCAGAGUGGAAUGCGGGAGGCCUUCUUACAAGAAUUGAGGGUUUGCGAGCAUUUCUUCCGAAGGGUGAGUUAUUGAAUAGAGCAAAUAACUUCACGGAGUGGAAAGAAUAUGUGGGACGUCGGAUCUUUGUGCAAAUCACUCGAAUAGUCGAAGCUAAGAACGAUGUGAUACUAAGUGAGAGACAAGCUUGGGAAACGUUGUACCUACGUGAGGGAACGCUUCUAGACGGGACCGUGACGAAAAUAUUUCCGUUUGGAGCUCAAAUUAGAAUUGGCGAUACGAACAGACUCGGGUUACUCCAUGUUUCAAACAUCACCCGUGCCCGAGUUACCUCGGUGAGUGACUUACUUGUAGUGGGCGAAAAGGUCAAAGUUCUAGUUGUGAAGUCAAAUUUUCCUAACAAGAUAUCUUUAAGUAUAGCUGACCUUGAAAGCGAGCCCGGACUCUUUAUAUCGAACAAAGAGAAAGUAUUUUCGGAGGCCAAGAUCAUGGCAAAGAAGUAUAGACAAAAGCUACCCGUGAUCAAAGGCGUAUCCAGGCCGUUACCUGCUCCCGUUCCAAGAUCCGAACAUGCUCCAACUACAGAUCUUCCAUUCGAAAAAGAAUCGAGCAUGUAUGCGAACUGGAAGUGGUUCAAAUUCGAAAGGUAGUUGUUUAUAUGAUCUCUCUUUCAUGCUUCCCAACCAACCAACCCUUCAUGAAUGAGUUUUCGUUAUCAUUUGUCGUUGACCGUUCCUGUUCGAUUUUGUGGAAUGAUAUAAACCAAGGAAUGAGAAAUGACGUUACUUGAA